UGUCCGCAGCCGCUCUCGCUCUUUUCGCCUUCUUCCUUACGCCUCUUUUACAUUUUCUUCACUCUUUAUUAUCCGCAGCUUCCCCUCUCUGCCAUUGUCUUCUCUCUCUCUCUCUCGAAUUCCCUUCCUUCGUUUCUGUGAACUGCGCCUGUUAAGAGGGGAGAGAGAGAGUCGAUUUGCCUGGCAGCCGCAUCAAAGGCAUUCUUUCGUUCAUAACGUCAUCCGACAUCCGUUGUACCGGAUUCGGUUCUGACGCUGGAGAUUGCAUGCUGCUGGGUUUAGUUCCUGUGUGAUGGGAGUUGGAACAGCUGGAUCUCUCGGAACCGAGUUGGGUCGGUGAGGUGACCCGGUUGCAGAAUCGCCAGUCAAUCUCUGGCUUCGUCUAUUGAAUCUGUGAAUCCUGGUUUCAAGCAUCUUUGUUGGAGAUAUGAACACCGGCGGUCGGCUCGUCGCCGGUUCCCACAACAGGAACGAGUUCGUCCUGAUUAAUGCAGAUGAGAGUGCCAGAAUACGAUCGGUGCAAGAACUGAGUGGGCAGAUAUGUCAAAUUUGUGGCGACGAGAUCGAGCUAACGGUGGAUGGAGAUUCUUUUGUGGCAUGCAAUGAAUGCGCUUUCCCUGUGUGUCGACCGUGCUAUGAGUACGAGAGACGUGAGGGGAACCAGGCCUGCCCACAGUGCAAAACCCGAUACAAACGCAUUAAAGGAAGUCCACGGGUCGAAGGUGAUGAGGAAGAAGAUGACACAGAUGAUCUCGAUAACGAGUUCGAUUACAGAAAUGGUGUUGGCCCCGAUCAAGUUUCUGAAGGUAUGCUUUUUUCUCGGCGCAACUCGGGGAUUCCACAAUCUGAUUUGGAUUCUGCUCCUCCUGGCUCUCAGAUUCCCUUGUUAACUUAUGACAAUGAAGACAUCGAUAUCUCGUCAGAUAGACAUGCUCUUAUCGUUCCUCCAUCACUUGGGCAUGGCACGAAAGUUCAUCCAGUGCCACUCGCUGACCCGUCAGUGGCUGCCCAUCCAAGACCUAUGGUACCUCAGAAAGAUAUUGCUGUUUAUGGAUAUGGAAGUGUUGCAUGGAAGGAUCGGAUGGAAGAGUGGAAGAAAAAACAGCAUGAAAAACUUCAAGUGGUUAAACACGAAGGAGGCGACGGUGAUGAGGAUUUUCCCAUGAUGGACGAAGGGAGGCAGCCUCUGUCUAGGAAGUUACCCAUCAAGUCGAGCAGAAUCAAUCCUUAUCGGAUGUUAAUCAUCGUCCGUCUUGUGAUUCUUGGUCUCUUUUUUCACUACCGGAUUCUUCACCCUGUUAACGAUGCUUAUCCCUUGUGGCUGAUAUCCGUCAUAUGCGAAAUAUGGUUCGCCGUCUCAUGGGUUCUCGAUCAGUUCCCGAAAUGGUACCCCAUCGAGCGAGAAACAUACUUGGACCGGCUUUCGUUAAGAUAUGAGAAAGAAGGGAAGCCAUCGGAGUUAGCUGCAGUGGACGUUUUCGUCAGUACAGUGGACCCGAUGAAAGAGCCGCCUCUUAUUACAGCAAACACUGUCCUGUCUAUACUUGCGGUUGAUUAUCCAGUUGACAAGGUUGCGUGUUAUGUAUCCGAUGAUGGUGCAGCCAUGCUUACGUUCGAAGCACUUUCUGAGACGGCGGAAUUCGCAAGGAAAUGGGUUCCUUUCUGUAAGAAAUACAGCAUCGAGCCACGUGCCCCCGAGUGGUAUUUUAAUCAGAAGAUGGAUUAUUUGAAGAAUAAAGUUCAUCCGUCGUUUGUCAGGGAACGUCGUGCCAUGAAGAGAGAUUAUGAAGAGUUCAAGGUUAAGAUAAACUCGCUGGUUGCUACUGCUCAAAAGGUGCCCGAGGAGGGUUGGACCAUGCAAGAUGGUACUCCUUGGCCUGGUAACAAUGUCCGUGAUCAUCCCGGCAUGAUUCAGGUCUUCCUCGGACAAGAUGGUGCUCGUGAUGUGGAAAACAACGAGUUGCCUCCGCUGGUUUACGUUUCUCGUGAAAAGAGACCGGGAUUUGAUCACCAUAAGAAAGCUGGAGCCAUGAAUUCUCUGAUACGGGUCUCGGGGGUUCUCUCUAAUGCUCCUUAUCUGCUGAACGUCGAUUGUGAUCACUACAUCAACAAUAGCAAAGCUCUUAGAGAAGCAAUGUGUUUCAUGAUGGAUCCUCAGUCGGGAAAGAAGAUUUGUUACGUUCAGUUCCCUCAGAGAUUCGAUGGAAUUGAUCGUCAUGAUCGAUACUCAAAUCGAAACGUCGUGUUCUUUGAUAUCAAUAUGAAGGGAUUGGAUGGGUUGCAAGGUCCGAUAUAUGUCGGGACAGGGUGCGUUUUCAGGAGGCAGGCUCUUUACGGGUACGAUGCCCCGAAGAAGAAGAAGCUGCCGGGGAAGACAUGCAAUUGCUGGCCAAAGUGGUGUUGCCUUUGCUGCGGAUCGAGAAAGAACCGGAAAAAAAAUACAAAAGAUAAGAAAAAGAAGAACAGGGAAGCCUCCUCGAAGCAGAUUCACGCCUUGGAAAACAUCGAAGAGGGCACCCGAGGUUCUAUUGCAGAAAAAUCGCCCGAGGCAAUGCAGUUGAAGUUGGAGAAGAAGUUCGGGCAGUCUCCUGUUUUUGUUGAAUCUACCGUUAUGGAGAAUGGUGGGGUGGCAAGGAAUGCAAGCCCGGCGUCUCUGCUUAGAGAAGCUAUCCAAGUCAUUAGCUGUGGUUACGAAGAUAAAACUGAGUGGGGAAAAGAGAUCGGGUGGAUAUACGGUUCUGUUACAGAGGAUAUACUUACGGGUUUCAAGAUGCAUUGCCAUGGCUGGAGAUCUGUUUACUGCAUCCCCAAAAGGCCGGCUUUCAAAGGAUCAGCACCCAUCAACCUUUCGGAUCGUCUCCAUCAAGUUCUUCGGUGGGCGCUUGGCUCGGUCGAGAUUUUCUUGAGCAGGCAUUGCCCUAUCUGGUAUGGUUACGGGGGCGGGUUGAAAUGGCUGGAAAGGUUAUCGUACAUAAACUCUGUCGUCUAUCCAUGGACCUCCAUCCCUCUUCUCGUCUACUGUUCUCUCCCGGCCAUCUGCCUUCUCACCGGAAAAUUCAUUGUUCCAGAGAUCAGCAACUACGCUAGCAUACUCUUCAUGGCCCUGUUCUUGGCGAUAGCAGUGACGGGAAUUCUCGAGAUGCAAUGGGGGAAGGUCGGGAUCGAUGACUGGUGGAGGAACGAGCAGUUUUGGGUAAUUGGAGGGGUCUCGUCCCAUCUUUUCGCGCUCUUCCAGGGCCUCCUCAAGGUUCUGGCCGGCGUCAAUACGAAUUUCACGGUCACGUCCAAGGCGGCGGACGACGGUGAAUUCUCAGAGCUUUACAUAUUCAAGUGGACAUCCCUUCUGAUCCCUCCGACCACUCUCUUGAUCGUGAACGUCAUCGGGGUCAUAGUCGGGGUCUCGGACGCGAUCAACAAUGGGUACGACUCGUGGGGCCCGCUGUUCGGGAGGCUGUUCUUUGCGCUGUGGGUCAUCAUCCAUCUGUACCCGUUCCUGAAAGGGUUGCUGGGGAAACAGGACAGGAUGCCGACCAUAAUCCUUGUCUGGUCCAUCCUCCUCGCCUCCAUUCUCACCCUUCUCUGGGUCCGAGUCAACCCGUUCGUGUCCAAAGACGGUCCUGUCCUCGAAAUCUGCGGUCUCAACUGUGAUAACUGACGCAGGUGAAAGAUUCUUUACUGUGUGUGUGUGUUCAUUUAUGGGGAGAAAGACCCUUGAAAAGAUUAGGGUUUUGGGUUGGCCCCCGACAGAGUUACGAUAUAUUUGUUUUUUGGUCUUUCUUCUUGCAAAGGUGUUGUAGAUAUAGAAAGUAAGAAGGGACGGUGUGUUAUUUUUGGGAUAUGGGUGAAAAUUUUAUUCUUUCAUUGAAUAUUUUCUUUCUCCUCA